AUGCUUGUGGACUCCAAGAGGGUUCUGCCGAAGUUGCUUCUGUGGCUGUUGGUACUCCUUUUUGAUGUUUUUCGGAGUUGUAGGUCUGACAACGAGAAGGCGACUGAGCUCAUGAUGCGGGCCCGCAUGAUCGACGGGUAUUUUUGGUCCGUGUUUGCCUUCUGCGGUGCUCAGAACAAAGAUGCUGUACGUCUAACCUUGGAGCAGAUUGACGUCAUCCAGCGGAUGUGCAAAACCUAUGACGAAUUUGAGAUGACGACAUCGUCCCAAGGCAUUGAGAACACUCCAGACAAUAAGAUAGCCUGCUUGAUGGGCAUCCAUGGGGGUCACUCCAUCGACAGCAGUCUUGCGACUCUGCGGAUGUAUUAUGAACUGGGCGUCCGAUACAUGGGACUAACAAAUGAAUGCAACACACCCUGGGCACAGUCAUCAGUAGAAUCAGAGGACCACUUGUAUUCCGCCGUUAGUGGCUUGGGCUCCUUUGGCUCAAAAGUGGUGAAAGAGAUGAAUCGCCUGGGAAUGAUGAUAGAUUUAUCGCACGCCUCUCAGGCAACUGCCAUGAAAGUCCUUGGAAUCUCCAAAGCACCAGUCAUUUUCACCCAUUCGUUAGCCCUUACGGUUUGCCAACACUCAAGAAACAUUCCUGAUGAUAUUUUGCAGCGUCUGAAACAAAACAAUGGAAUUGUGAUGGUCACGUUUCAUGCCACGCCAGAAAGCUGUGGAGGCAGAACUGUGGAUAUUGCUACUAUAAUAGAAAAUCUGGACUACAUCCGGAAUGUUGCGGGCUCAGAAAAUAUAGGACUUAGUGGUAGCUUCGAUGGAGUGCUUCAACCCUCUGAAGGACUGGAGGAUAUUUCCAAAUACCCAACAUUGAUCCAAAAACUGCUGGACAAAGGCUGGAAUGAGGAGGAAGUGCGAGGUAUUUUGAGAGAGAACUUCCUGCGUGUCUUCCGUGAGGUGGAAAGGCGUGAAGUACCAGCCAAAGUAGCAGCUCUUGUUUCCUGCUCGGGCUCGGCGCCGCCUACCCCCCGCUGCCGCAUCAUAAAGCCGGCUGCCUGCCCGGAGAGGAGGCUCCAGCCCCAGCGCAACGCAGCGGCAGCAGUGGCUGUUUCGAGCUCGGGCUGGACAGCGCCUCCCUCCUCGCAGAGCAAGCAGCUCCCACAAGCGCGCCUAAAUUGGCACCGCCUCCUGCGAGCCCAAGCCGGGCGCUUCCCUAUUUGGGCGUGGAUUACCAGUUCACCCGACAGUCAAGCACUGCCCUCGGAUUGCAAAGAAUUUCCCAGUGGCCGCCUAAGAUUUUCUUUGAAGAGCAAAGUGGAGGAAUGA